UUUAUAGGUCUCUCAUGUUUCAUGUUUUAUGAAAUUAACUAGCUGACUCUUGAAAAGGUUGAGAAGCUACUAUGCUUAGUUGUGAUCAGUUAACACAGGACGACCUUGUUGUUCUGCACAACAUCAUUCUACAGCAGCAGGAUGAGAUAAAUGCACUAAAGAAACAUGUUUCCUUCCUCCUUGAUGACCUUCAAGUUUGCGAACUCAACAAAAAAGGGGCUGCUUAUAACGAAAAGGCAAUAAUAGAACUAAAGUUGGAAGUAGAGAAACUUAGGAGAGAAAAGGCAAAGUUAAAGUUAGAAAAAGAGGGAACAUACAUAAACCCUGGACAAAGAAAGAUCACACCUACCACCCAGUACACGUCCCAGCAGUCUCUAAUGUCUAGUACCAAGCCAGUAACACCCAGCAUUAGGACCAGUCCUCAUUUAGUGGAGAGAAGAAAUACUGGCGGUAACAGAGACGUCACUAAGGUGAAGACGUUAGAUGACCGCGACAUGAGAAAUUUUAUAAACCCUGCAUCCCCUACCGGCACACUGAACAGAGCAGCCACGUUGCAACGCCCCCCCACCAGCAACACUCCUGUCAGUAACGCUACCAGCACUCCCAACUCUCUUCAAAUUAGACAGAGAAACAAGGGGUUGUUUGCGUCAAUGAGCCGCGCAAUGCACAAAGUCAGACGUAACCGGGGCAACAAGAAGUCAAUAUCAGACCCUAACCUAUCAGCUCUGGAGACUGGAUCAGAGUUCAGUAAGGAUGGUACCCUCCGGGGCAGCUGGUUGAAGAAUAUAUUCGGGACUAAUACUGUUCGUUAUGGGAGAACACCCUCAACGGACGGAUCAAGACAAGGGGACUACACAUUACUACAGUUAGAUAAAUCACGUACCAUGUACCCGUGUAUGCUGGGUAUUAAUACUCUCGAGGAAGUCGUCACCGCUGAAGAUUUACAAGAAGUCGACUUUGCCAACUGGGAAACGUGGAAAUUACACCAAUGGAUGGACACUCAAGGUUUGGGGAUAUUCGGACAGAAGUUGCCAGCAGGUUGGACGGGUGCCAACAUACUGAAACUGGACAUAGCAGGACUGGAGCAGUUGGGUAUCAAACACCCACUUCACGUCAAGAAACUUGUUCUUGCUUUAAGGAACGCCGGCCAAGAAGACACGCCUGGCAGUCUACACUGUGACACGUGGGUGCUACCCUGGUUAACUGAGAUAGGGUUACCCCAACAUGUUCCUGCUUUCAGAGAGGCUAUGGUCGACGGGCGAGUGUUGAACUGGUUGACGUAUGAAGAUUUAAGAGUUCUAAAAGUGAGACUGAGACUACACGCUGUCAGCAUUAUGAGGGCUAUAGAACUUCUUAGGGAGUGUAAUUUCGACCCAAACUACCUGAACAGUUCCCGUAUCGACAACACAACCCGCCCAGCAGAGGUCAUGUACUGGACCCACCAGAAUGUGAAACAGUGGCUGAGUUCUAAUUACUUUGCGGAGUACACGCCCGCUCUGAAGGAGUCAGGGAUACACGGAGCACUGAUUAUAAAAGAACCUCUGAUAACGUCAGCAUUCCUUCUGAAGCUCCUAAAAAUACCCCAUUCUGAAGUGACCGGGCAAAUGUUCGAGACUAUAUUUAACAAACUUGUUGGACCACACGUCUUAUUGGAGAAGAGAUUAGCUGAAACGGACAAAAAUGUGAAACCUCUAUCUACUCAGACUAAACUUUCGAAGAGUUUCAAAGGACGUAGAUCGCUGCAGAACUCGCUCAGCAGAAGGAAAAGAAAAGAGAGUUCCGACGAGUGGUUAACUUAUGUGGUGCCGUUUUCAGAAGAACCAGAGGUGCCCACUAUUGAACUGUCCUACGAGACUAAGGAAGAGAUUAGCGGUAUUCAACGGGAAGUUCAGAACCUCACGGUUCUACUGAGCGGUAACGAAGAAGAAGAUGAAGAGGAUCCUCUGUCAAAACAGUAAAAACUUUCCGCAACCAAACACACAAUUCUUAACCAUCCUACAAGAUUGUACUGAUGAUUGCUAGAACGUGACAUGAUGAAAACACACUUUGAAAGUACCAGUUUACGUUAGAAUUUUUCAUUAUCAUUACAUACAAACGGACGUUCAGACGCAAAAAUCAACAUCGGUGUAAUAUUUUCAUCAUUUUUAUUUUAUAUUGGAUUGAUCUAUUUUGUUUUAAACCGUGUGGUUUUAUGUAGUUACAAGGAAAGCUUUUUAUUUCAUAUUUUCAAUAAGGUUUUUUUUUGUUCAAAAAAUCAUAGUUUUAAAUAUUUUUCAAAACUUUAACAGAGUUUUAUUCAAAUAUUAAAUGUUAGAAUCUCCCAAAUAGUUUUGGGAUGAUUUAUAGCUUUUACAUCUAUUGAAAUUCAAAGUGCUUAAUGACUAAAUUGUACGUUUAACACAGAAGAAUUUCUGUACAAUCUUUUGCUGUGAUUUGAAGUUUAAACUACAAGACGGAAUAAUUUAUCAUUAUGCUUAGUUGAACACAGAAGAAUUUCUGUACAAUCUUUUGCUGUGAUUUGAAGUUUAAACUGCAAGACGGAAUAAUCUAUCAUUAUGCUUGCACAUUUUGCCGUUCUUCUUGAUGCUCCAGGACGCUACUUAUAUGGACAAUUUAACCAUUCAUGAUAGAGUAUACUGUUUCAUUAAAUUUGAACCUUAGAAUUUUUAAUAUCGAGCUUGUGAAUAUUGUAAAUGGAGGUACUGUCUUUUUAUAUGGUUUGACAAACCUAAGAUUUACAGACGUUUACCAUUAUUAAGUUUGAUAAUACACUGAGAUUACAUAAAA